UGAAAGUUAGAUCAGAGGUCCGGAAAAAAGGGGGCACCUGUCAUUUGUUUCAGUAUUACAAUUUCCUUUUAUGCACAAUCAUAUAGACGCUUUUAAUUGUUUGGCCAAUAAGGCACAAGCGUUUGUCUGACUACGUGAAAAAAGUAUGGCGACGUUGUGGAUCGUGGCGGCAGCUGUUACGUGUUUGAAAGCACUUUUGAUACCUUCAUAUAGAUCAACUGACUUUGAAGUUCAUAGAAACUGGUUAGCCAUCACAAACAAGCUCCCUGUGAAAAAGUGGUAUUACGAGAACCGAUCAGAAUGGACGUUGGAUUAUCCCCCUUUCUUUGCUUGGUUCGAGUUUGCCCUGUCAAAGUUAGCAUACUACUUUGACCCUAAUAUGCUGAUUGUCAGCAACCUUUCCUAUGCCAGCGACCAGACAAUCCUGUUCCAGCGCCUCUCGGUCAUCAUCACAGAUUUUGUCUUUAUCUAUGCUGUGAAAGAGUUUUGCUCGAAGUUUGUCAAGCUACGUCGUCGUGAUGAGGAUGAUGAUGACGUCAUGGAAAAUCCUAGUGUGGUACUGGGUGUUCUACUCAUCUGUAAUUGUGGACUUCUCAUUGUGGAUCAUAUUCACUUUCAGUACAACGGCUUCCUGUUUGGGCUCAUGAUGUUGUCUAUCACUCACAUGUAUGAGGAAAAAUACAUCAGGAGUGCUUUUUGGUUUACUGUGUUGUUAAACUGUAAACAUAUUUACCUGUACAUUGCCCCAGCCUACUUCGUCUACUUACUCAGGUGUUACUGCUUCCAAAGUACUGCAGGUGGACGAAUCAGAUGGCUGUCUUUUUCACCGCUCCGCCUCUUUGGCCUGGGAGUAGUUGUCCUUUCUAUUUUUAGCCUGUCAUUUGGACCCUUUAUCUAUCUUAACCAGCUACCUCAGGUAGUAUCCCGAUUAUUUCCCUUUAAACGGGGACUGUGUCAUGCUUACUGGGCUCCAAACUUCUGGGCAUUGUACAACAUAGCUGACAAAGGCGCAGCCAUUGUAGCAAAGAAAUUAGAGUUGAUCAAUGGUACAAACGAGGCGGUUAUGACAGGUGGACUGGUACAGGAAUUUGAACAUGCUAUACUGCCAUCAAUACCUCCUAUUGUAACUCUGGCUGCUACAGUACUCUCCAUACUUCCAGUGCUUUUGAACCUCUGGUGGAGCCCCAAGGGACCCAGAAGUUUCCUUAGAGCUUUGAUUCUCUGUGGAUUUGGCUCCUUCAUGUUUGGUUGGCAUGUACACGAAAAGGCUAUCCUCCUCAUCAUACUCCCUAUGAGUUUACUGGUGGUAGAAAAGAAGAAAGAUGCCCAGCUGUUCUUGGUUUUGUCCACCGUCGGCCAUUACUCCCUGUUCCCACUACUGUUCUCACCAGCAGAAAGUGUCAUCAAGGUAGCACUGGUCCUCAUAUUUACUCUGUAUGCAUUCACAAGUCUGGGCAACAUUUACAGAUUUCCCUGGACUGUUCCUCUACCACUUCUAUCAAAGUUAGAAUCUGUAUAUCUUCUUGGCAUUCUUCCUCUGGAGGUGUUCAACAGUAUCGGACAUCCACUUCUCGGGCUGUCCCAGAAAUUGCCCUUCCUCCCUCUCAUGUUGACUUCAGUCUACUGUGCCUUGGGUGUUUCCUACUGCUGGAUCAAAUUCUACUGGCUCACAUUCCAAGAAAAACCUUUGGUUCAUGCGAAGUCUCAGUGAAUUGAUGAACAUCUGGUUCAUAGGGAGUAUGAACUUCGGGUUAAUGAAAAGUCAAGGUGAACUGGGAAAAUUUGGUGCACAAAAAAUAUAUUGAAUUCAAAGUCAAUUAAAAUGUGAUCUGUGAAAAAAAUGGCGGCUUUAAUAUGGUCGUUGUUGUCUAAAAUAUUGAUGUAGAAAUCACAAAGAACAGUAAUGAGGUUGAAAAACACAACCUGUAAAUGUAAAUAAAUUUUAUCUAUUUUACAACAAUUGCAAAACAUGUUAUAUCAACUUAUAUUAAUCACAUGCUUGUUGGCCCAGAUUGAAGUGCAAGGGGCCUUUCACCUUUUCACAUCCGAUCAGGGGAAUCAAACCCUGGUAUCUUAGGCAAAAGGCAAGUGUGUUACCACUGUGCCACCCGACAAACUUAGUUAUGUAACAUUGAAAAUAUAUGUUUUGUAUUCAUUAAAUGUGAAAAACAAAGUUGAAAUUGAAUACUUUAUGACAGGAAAUGUUUGUGUGUAUUUUCUCUCAUGGUUUGGACCAUUCCAAUUAUUAUUUCGUGGGUAUAGUCAUUCGUGGUUAGCCCAUACCACAAUGAUAUGAUACUACACACAACAGUAUUCGUGGUAUUGACGUUUGUGGUUCCAUUAUAUGAUAAGUGACCACAAAAUCAACAAAAGUUUAUACACAACAAAAGUUUAUACACCAAAAGUUUAUACACAACAAAAGUUUAUACUUAACAAAUG